GUGGACAAUGCGGCUUCGGGGAAAUUGCCGGAGAUGGAUCGCAAAGUUAUAGCCGGCCUUCUGAAGAAAGGCUGUGCAAAAGUACGCCGGCUGCGAGCAAAGACAGAGAUGGAUGGUUGGCUGCAGAAGAAAAAGAAGCCUAAGACGGGCCGCAAUAAGGUUGGCGAAGAGAUCGAUGCUAUGCUUGACGAGAUUGAUAAUGAAGCUCCGCCUGACUGGGAUGAGAUUGAAGAGAACAAAAAGCUGGAGGAGCAGUUUGGUGACUUGAGCCGUUUUACGGCUGAGGAGGUUGAGGACCUGAUGGGAUGCUUGAGUUCUCCAGAGAUGAUUGAUGAGCCGCAGUCUAGCGAUCCUGCAGAUCGUGAGCCCGAGGCGGGCGAUGGAGAUCGUGAGCCCAAGGCGGGCGAUGGAGAUCGUGGGCCCAAUGCGGGCGCUGCCCAGCAGAAGUACGCAGAGGCUCAUUUGAAGAUCUUUGGGUCCGAUGCCAUCACGUUGGAUGAUAGUUCCAGUGAAACCGAUCUGGCUACGAUGGAAGCUUUAGUGGAGCAGAGAAAUUUUGUGCAUCCAGAUGCCGUUGCCGAGCAAGGAUUGGAUACUUCCAAGGGCAAUGCCAAGAAAAGGGCCAGCGGGGACACGAUUCCGGCUGAUGAGGAGGAUAAGAAGAAGAAAAAAGGAAAGAAGGCUCCGGAGGAGCCCAACAAGACUUUCGCCGGUCGCCCGCCGCCGACAACCACGCCGUUUCUCUGGAGAUUUCAAUUUGCUGCUCAAGCUUUCCAGGAGUGUCCUGCUUGA